UUUCGCUCUCUCGCGGUGCAUUGUGGUCUAUGUGCUGGAGGAAGCUGCUGCUGCUUCUUCACGGGAAUCUGAAGAAUUCGAGGUGGCCGCCAAGUCAAAUUACUUUUGUCUACCGCCGAUUCCUUGACUUCUCGGCCUGUCCCCACACUCUCUACGGUAACGGCUCAGCAAGGUAUCAACAAUCAUGUCUCACGGCGACAAGAUAAAACAAGGCCAGUUCACUAACCCUGAGACGCCAGGGUAUGUUGGAUUUGCCAACCUGCCAAAUCAGGUUCACCGCAAGUCCGUUAAAAAGGGUUUUGAGUUCACUCUUAUGGUUGUCGGGGAAUCUGGACUUGGAAAAUCCACCCUGAUCAACAGCCUCUUCCUGACUGACCUCUACCCUGAGAGGAUCAUUCCUGGGGCAGCAGAAAAGAUCGAGAGGACGGUUCAGAUCGAAGCAUCCACAGUGGAAAUUGAAGAGCGAGGGGUGAAGCUGCGACUCACUGUGGUUGACACCCCAGGAUACGGAGAUGCCAUCAACAGCCAGGACUGUUUCAGCACUAUCAUCAGCUACAUCGAUGACCAGUUUGAGCGUUACCUCCACGACGAGAGCGGCCUCAAUCGUCGGCACAUUGUCGACAACAGAGUUCACUGCUGCUUCUAUUUCAUUUCCCCGCUCGGACACGGCCUCAAACCCCUGGAUGUUCAAUUCAUGAAGGCCAUCCACAACAAGGUCAAUGUGGUCCCUGUCAUUGCCAAAGCAGACACGCUCACCCUCAGAGAGCGAGAGCGGCUCAAGCGCAGGAUUCUGGAUGAAAUUGAUGAACAUGGUAUCAAGAUUUACCACCUUCCCGAUGCUGAAUCUGAUGAGGACGAGGACUUCAAAGAGCAGACCAGGAUCCUCAAGGCGAGCAUCCCUUUUGCAGUCGUCGGAUCCAACCAGCAGAUCGAGGCCAAGGGGAAGAAGGUGCGGGGCCGCCUGUACCCGUGGGGAGUGGUGGAGGUGGAGAACCCUGAACACAACGACUUCCUCAAGCUGCGCACCAUGUUGAUUACCCACAUGCAGGACCUACAGGAAGUGACCCAGGACUUGCACUAUGAGAACUUCCGCUCAGAUCGCCUCAAGCGCAGUGGCAGGUUGUCCUCCCACGGUUACAUUCUGCCUCUAUCCCCUGCCAGGAAGGGUCCGGAACCAGAGGAAAUGGACAAGGAUAUGAUCCUGCAGGAGAAGGAGGCCGAGUUGAGACGAAUGCAGGAGAUGAUCGCCAAGAUGCAGGCUCAGAUGCAGAAGCAGGGCGAUGGAGAGGGAGACGUUUGAAAAUGUGACGGUGUUUCAGGCACCGCUUGAGCUUGAUGGGAGACAGACGAAGGACAGCAGCGAUCUGGUUAUCGACUUGCCACUAUCUUCAUUCAAUUCCAUACGGGAUCUGGAUUGCUGAUAUAUACUAUAUGGUAAAAUAUAUUCAAACAGUGUUAUGAUACAUUCUAGAUAAAUAUAUAUAUAUUUAAGAAAUAAAACUGAGUGUGUGUGUAUAUAUAUAUAUAUUCAGUUUUAUUUCUUAAAUCUUUUUAACCUUAGUCUCAGAUCAUUAAGCACUGGCCAAGGGAUUUCAAUGUUGUCGUAUGAAUAUUACUUUUAAUACAAAAACAAACAUGACAUGAUCAUUCUUGUUGCCAUCCACAAGCACAUACUUGCUCCAUGACAGAGCUUCACUGUGAGAGUCAAAGAAACAACUUUGUCUAAAUGGACUUUCUAUGUGAGAGUAUCCCCACCCUCGGUCUAGAAGAGGCCACGCCAGUGUGCCGUGAUGUUACUGAUGUCGUUACCCACAUGCAUGCAACUCUAGAGACAAAUCUUGAGUUCCAGUGAAGGGUGUUUGUUGUGUUGGGGCCUUCCCGUUGUGCAUCCCUCUUACCUGUGAAGUUGGACAUUACUCAAAACUAUUAUGUACAAAUGAAGGAAAGUCAGUUGAGAUGCGGUUGACCACUGCAUACUUGUUUCAUGUGAAGGUCUUUACUCUCUUCUGUCCCUCAUGUCAAGUGUUUUCACUUGUACUAUUGUGUCUAAUUCAAGGCACCAAUGAACGUAUUCAUGACAAUUAAUUCCCUCACCAGCCAAAAUGUGAGCUCCUGACAUUCCUCUUUGAGCGCUUUGUAAUCCAAUAUUAAAGUACCAAAUAUAGUUCUUGAUGCAAAAUGUUGUAAUAAAGGUUAUUUGCCAAUAUGAA